AAAGGAAGUGUGUUGACCCCGUAUCUACUGUGCACUUCCAUGCCGAAGUACUAUUGUGAUUACUGCGACUCAUAUUUGACGCACGAUUCGCCAUCUGUGCGGAAAACACACAAUCAUGGUCGCAAACACAGAGACAACGUGAGGUUGUAUUACACAAAAUGGGUGGAAGAACAAGCACAGGCGCUUAUCGAACAGACAUCUGCUGCUUUACAGACCAACCCCAUGUUUCCUCCUCCUCCAGGCUUCCCUCCUUUUCCACCAGGAGCUCCUCCAAUGUUUCCUCCUCGUCCUGGCAUGCCACCUCCUCCUUUCCCUCCUUUCAUGCCACCAAUGGUUCCAGGAGCAGCAGGAGUGCUUCCUCCUCCUAACAUGCCGACACCUGGAGCUCCACCAAGUCUACCAACGACUCAGUAACAUGAAUACUUUUAGUGGAAUAUUAUUAAUACUGUGUGACAAAUAUUAGGAAGUGGUUCACUUUGAAGUUGUUCUAUUUGCUCACCUACUUAACCUUCAUUCUAUUAAGCAUACUAAAAUUGGAA